UGUUUAGCGUAGAGUGUGGGUGUAAGGGGGAGAGUGAGCCCAGAGCAGACAGAGGAGAGCUGACCACUGCAUUGACAAACUCAGAGCCUGCAUACUACAACCAACUAGCCCUCAGGGCUCCCAGAUAAACUUCAGUGAAACCCAGACCCUGCCAACUCCCAUCAAUCACUUGGAAUUGCGUGCUCAGGUAACUUUGCCCUCUGAAGUACAUCCAGCUCCACAGAAUGCUGGGAUAGAAGGAAUUCCCAACAGCACGGAGGUAGCAGAACAGCUCGGCAUUUGGAGCAGUGAGCCGGGACGGUGCCGGAGGCUCUGUCACAUCAUGUACGCUACCGCUGGCCUGUUUGGAACCUUUAUACCCAACAGGUUUGUGAGCUCCCCUGAGGCCCUGCUGUUGCCCCCUAUUCAGAUGCACAACUUUUCCAGUCGGCCGCUUACCAUAGUCAUGAUGGACAUGGACAACCUCCAGGAUGGAGCGGGGAAGCAUACAGAAUAUCACCAUUUCUACGGGGCUCCCUACUUCUAUCCAUACUGGUAUAUGCCUCCUGCCAACCUGGCAACAUACAUAUACCCACCCUGCUAUCCAUACAAUGAGUAUUACCCACAGCAGCACCUGCUCAGCUCAGCCAGUUGGCCCGACGGCUCCAUCCUGAGGGGAGAACUGCAUUGGGGUAGGAUGGAGCGUGUUUUCGGGCCAGCCAGGGAAUUGCCUGACUUUGUCCAGGAUGAGCUGCGCAGAGUCUACGGCACGUAUCCCAAAACACUCGUCACCAUCAGCUACCAGAACGGGGAGUACCUGGUGAAGGGGGAGCCCAAGGUUGGCGAGCAGAAGUACAAGGUGGAAAAAAAAGUCAUCAGGCGACCACCCACUCCCAGCGAUGAGGAGGACGACUCCGUGAGCGAGGUGCCAGAGAAACACAAAAGGAAGUCGAAACACUAAAUUUGCUGAGUCUUCAGACAAUUUGUAAAGAAUGGACACUGUUAGCAAGAGAAAUGAAAGCAGGCAGUGCUAGAGGAACUCAGCAGGUCUGGUAGCAUCUGUGGAGAGGGGAAUAGAUUUGGUUCCGAUAGGGCCAUUAGUGAGAGGUUCGAUUGUCUGUAAAGUCCCAAGCUGAUACAACAUUGCAGCACAGUGAAUCAUAGCGAGGAUGUUAUGGGUAAUUGAAGGUGUGCAUGGGCAUGCUUGAGAUCCCCUGUUAGUUUAUGGCUACACUGCCUGUUUGUACACAAACUCCAAAGCAACCAUGUCUGUCGUCCAUCUCGCAAA